AUGGCCCGCACCUGGCUAUACGGCGGAGCAUCUCUGGUUGUUCUCAGCGCAGCCUUAUUUCAAGUCUAUGUGCGAUCUCCAGUGCUGAAGGCACACGGCGUUUAUAGGAAGAUUCAUCCAAUAAAUCAUGACAAUUGUCAAAGUAUUCCCGAGCUACAAGCAUGUGAAAAGAUCACCAUUCUUUCCUCGGGCAUUAUGUACCUCGCUUGUGCAGGAACUAUUGCAUCUCGAAUCGCUUGGACGCCUGCCAUGGAUGCUCUCAACGCAACUGCCGUCCUCACCAGAUCAACUGCUGACUACUUGGCAACUUAUGAUACGAGCACGGGGACAAUCACCAAGCUUGAUGUAAGAGGUCUCUCCGACCCACGAGGCUUGAAUUUGCAUGGAAUGGAUGUUGUUCCUGACAAGAUAGACCCCGCUAUGCUUUGGAUAUACCUUGUUAAUCAUCGUCCCGAACCUGAAUCGCCGUACAAGGGCGCUGACUCGGUAAUUGAGAUGUUAAAGACUCGAGUUGGGACAGACUAUGUAGAAUGGGUUCAAACAGUUGAGGAUGCUCGUGUCAUAGUGACCCCGAACGAUAUAGUUGGAGCUAACAACGGACAAGAGUUCUGGUUCACGAAUGACAACGGGGCAAAAGUUGGAAUACGGCGCUACAUAGAUGCUAUGUUCCUGCUCGAUACUACGAAUCAUGGCUCCUCGGAUGCUGGUCUGCAAGAUCCCCCUGCCAAGCCGAGCCUGAUAGAUCUAGUUGGAUCGAUGGGCGCUCAGGCUCAGGAGCAGAGCGACACACUACAGAUGUAUAUGCACGCAAGCUGA